AUGAGUAACAAUAUCCUCAUCGUGGGGGCCACUCGAGGGCUGGGGGCUUCCCUAGCCGCCCUAUACUCGAAGAAGCCUACCAACUACGUAUUCGGGACCUCCAGAUCCUCAACGCUACCCUCAGAGACCAAAAUAACCUGGCUGACAGGACUCGAUGUUUCUGAAUCUAAUGUCGGGGAGAAAUUAGUCUCACAAGUCCCCGCGUCAACCAAAUUCUCAACCGUCAUCAUCACAGCGGGGUACUUUGGCUUCGAGACCUUCGACACUCCCGACUGGGAGAAACAGACCAAAAUGUACACCAUAUCCGCUAUAAGCCCGGUCUUUAUCGUGCAUCACCUCGUUAAAGCGGGCUUUCUGGACAAUGGGAGCAAAGUAAUCAUCGUCAGCAGCGAGAGCGGUAGUAUCACGCUUCGGCACGAGAAGGAAGGUGGGGGCAACUAUGGCCAUCAUGCUAGUAAAGCGGCGUCGAAUAUGGUUGGGAAGCUGUUGAGUUUGGAUCUCAAGCCUCAUGGUAUUGCAGUGGGCUUGGUUCAUCCGGGGUUCAUGCGUACCGAGAUGACCAAGGGUGUUGGAUUUGAUAAGUAUUGGGAUGAUGGUGGAGCUGUGACACCCGACGAAGCUGCUGAAUCGCUAGCCUCGUUUAUCGAGACCUUUGAUAUAAGCAAGACCGGUCAGUAUUGGGCGCCAAGGGGCCCGCGGGAUAUUGGAACGGCGGAGAGCGUCCUCGGCAAGGACUUGCCAACUCCAUUACAGUUGCCGUGGUAA